AUGGGAGUUGUAACUGUUGGUGAAUUGAAGCCAAGCAUUUCAGGGAAAAGGACCUUUCGUCCAAGUUCAAGCAUAAGACACGCCACUGAAUGGCCAAUAUCUGAUGUCUCUAGUGAUCUUGUCAUCGAAGUAGGAGCAUCAACCUUUGCACUUCACAAGUUUCCUCUCGUUUCUCGGAGUGGAAGAAUUCGGAAGCUGCUUUCAGAAGCAAAGGAUUCAAAAGCUUCACGCAUUAGUCUCCAAAGUGUGCCGGGUGGUGUGGAAGCUUUUGAGCUAGCUGCCAAAUUCUGCUAUGGAAUUCAUGUUGAGUUUACCCUCUCAAAUGUUGCUAUGCUACAUUGCACAGCUCAUUUUCUAGAAAUGACAGAAGAAUUUGCAGAAAAAAACUUGGAGACCAGAGCUGAAGCAUAUCUAAAGGAUACAGUGCUCCCUAAUAUAUCAAGCACGAUAUUUGUUCUUCACUGUUGUGAGACUCUUCUCCCCAUGUCAGAAGAAAUGAACCUUGUUAGCAGGCUAAUCAAUGCAAUUGCAAAUAACGCUUGCAAAGAGCAACUUACCUCUGGCUUGCUAAAACUUGACCACACUUUCCCUUCUAAAACCAUAUCAAUCAUGGAACCAGAAACACCCUCAGAUUGGUGGGGAAAGUCUUUCAAUGUUCUUAAUCUUGAUUUCUUCCAAAGAGUUAUAUCUGUUAUGAAGUCAAAGGGACUAAGACAAGAUAUGAUCAGCAAAAUUCUGAUAAACUAUGCACAUAAUUGUCUUCAGGGAGUUGCUGUUAGGGACCCCCAAAUGGUCAAAGGAAGUUUACUUGACAUAGAAUUGCAGAAGAAACAAAGGGUCAUUGUUGAAACCAUAGUUGGUUUACUCCCAACUCAAUCAAAAAAAAGUCCGGUUCCAAUUGCUUUUCUCUCAUGUUUACUAAAAGCAGCAAUAGCAGCAUCAGCAUCAAUUCCUUGUAGAUCUGAUUUGGAGAGACGAAUUGGUCUACAGCUUGACCAGGCAAUUCUUGAAGACAUCCUUUUUCCAACAAAUUCACCUAAAAACUCCCAUAGCACAAUGUAUGAUACAGAUUCAAUCUUGAGGAUCUUUUCUAUUUUUCUGAACUUGAAUGAUGAGGAUGAUGAUGAAGAUGGUCACUUCAGAGAUGAAAGCCAAAUGGUAUAUGACUUCGACAGUCCUGAAUCUCCAAAACAAAGCUCAAUUCUAAAGGUAUCCAAAUUACUAGACAAUUAUCUAGCUGAAGUAGCACUGGACUCAAACUUGUUGCCAUCAAAAUUCAUAGCACUUGCAGAACUACUUCCAGAUCAUGCACGUAUUGUAAGUGAUGGACUCUAUAGAGCUGUUGAUAUCUUCCUUAAGGUUCAUCCAAAUAUGAAGGACUCAGAGCGUUACCGUCUCUGCAAAACCAUUGAUUGUCAGAAACUGUGUGAAGAAGCAUGCAGCCAUGCAGCACAAAAUGAAAGGCUACCAGUGCAGAUGGCAGUGCAAGUUCUUUACUUGGAGCAAAUAAGGCUUCGCAAUGCCAUGAACGGAGGACACAAUCAAUUCUUCUUUGGAGGGGUUCAGGGUCAAUUCCCUCAACGUUCAGGAAGUGGUGCAGCAAGUGGAGCAAUUUCCCCAAGAGAUAACUAUGCAUCCGUAAGAAGAGAGAACCGAGAGCUGAAGCUUGAAGUUGCAAGAAUGAGAAUGAGGCUCAAUGAUUUGGAGAAAGACCAUGUUUCUAUGAAGCAGCAGCUUGUGAAGUCCCACACUGGCAAUAAGCUCUUCAAAUCAUUCACCAAAAAACUAAGCAAGCUCAAUGCUCUAUUCCGGAUAAACACUAUUAUAAAGCCAAUUGGUGGCAAAACUGCUUCAGAAAAUCGGUUCCCUUUUCCAAAGCGAAGACGCCACUCAGUUUCAUAA